UCCAAACAGGACAAUAUGCUGACGGUAGGUUUGGGCUGUUACACAAGACUUUUAGAACUCGAGGAUAGAGUUGUCCAACCUAUAGAACAAAACCAAGUAAGCUCAUAGCUUGAACAACAAAAUAAUAACAAUAAGAGUCAUUUGGAUUCCUUCAGACAAAAUGGGACUAUGGAAAUCAUUGGAUGUAGUAUGAUGCCUACUUUAGAAAACUUGAAAAAAAAGUAAGUAGUAGGAAAGAACUGGAAAAACUCUUCUUAAAAGAUAAGAAUAUAAUAUUUAAAAGCGAGCAGAAAAAGAGCGUUGAGUGAGAAUAACAUCUAAACGUGUCUGAUUGAACGAGAAUGAGGACCUUAAGACCUUCAUAUCGACUGGUCAUGGAGUAGAUCGAGAUUAGAUUCUUGCUGCUGUCUCCGUUAAGGCUGUUCACCAUCUCUGAGCGGCCUGCAACAGGGAAAUGUUCUAACUGUGGCACCUUGGUCGUCAGCUGAUUCGAAGUCACGAGGGGCACAAAAUAUUGUAUACCUUCUGCUAUGUUCAAGGCACCCUACUAAACCAUAGCUUAUCAGAUUCCGAUACUCGUAUAGAAAAUGGUUCGAGGGAGGGACGCUUGCUGGGAACAUUGUGUCCUUGUUGAUGCGACGAGACAGAAGGUUCGAUGCAAUUAUUGUCAGCGGGAAUUCAGUGGAGGCGUAUACAGGAUGAAGUUUCAUUUAGCUCAAAUUAAAAACAAAGAUAUAGUUCCAUGUGCCGAAGUCCCGAUCGACGUUCGAGACCAUAUUCAAGGUAUAUUAAGCACUCCUAAAAAACAAAGGGCACCCAAGAAACCAAAGGUCGAUAUGGAAACUGCAACAAAUGGACAGCAACAUAGCUCCUCAGCUAGCGGAGGCAUCCAUCAUGGAUCGAGUGGACAAAACGAAAGCAACUGCCCAUCGACAUUUCCGUCCUCUUCACCGAGCGCACAACCACCGAUCGAUGAUGCUCAAAAGCAGAAGAAGGAUGAAACUGAUAAAAAAGUUGCUGUCUUUUUCUUCCAUAACUCUAUUCCUUUCAGUGCUGCCAAGUCCUUGUAUUAUCAGGAAAUGGUGAAUGCUAUAGCAGAAUAUGGAGUAGGAUACCGAGCACCGAGUUACGAGAAACUAAAAUCGACUCUUUUGGUUAAGGUGAAAGGUGAUAUACAGAAUUCUUACAAAAAGUAUCGAGACGAAUGGAAAGAAACAGGCUGCACGAUCCUAUGUAAUAGCUGGUCCGAUGGACGGACCAAAUCGUUUCUAAUCAUUUCCAUUACGUGUUCAAAAGGAACACUGUUUCUGAAGUCGGUCAAUAUAUCAGGUCGUGAAGAUGAUGCAACUUACCUGUCCGACUUGCUCGAGACGAUCGUCCUCGAGGUUGGUGUGGAGAAUGUUGUCCAAGUUAUUACAGAUGCUACAGCCAGCUAUGUCUAUGCUGGUAGGCUUCUGAUGACCAAAUACACUUCCUUAUUUUGGUCUCCAUGUGUUUCUUACUGUGUUAAUCAGAUGUUGGAGGACCUUAGUAAAAUCGAGUGGGUCGGUACGGUAUUGGAUGAGGCAAAGAUCAUCGCCCGCUACGUUUAUAGUCAUGCGUGGAUUUUAAACACGAUGCGAAAAUUCACGAGCGGGAAGGAACUGAUCAGGCCAAGAAUUACUAGAUUUGUGACUAAUUUUCUGUCCUUGAGAUCCAUUGUGUUUCUUGAGGACGGUCUCAAACACAUGUUUGCUCAUUCGGAGUGGCAGUCCUCGAUUUAUAGCAGGCGCCCCGACGCACAGGCGAUUCUUUCCUUUCUGUAUUUGGAUCGAUUUUGGAAGGACGCUCGUGAAGCUGUCAACAUUUCUGAGCCACUUAUUAGAAUUCUCAGGCUUGUUGAUGGAGACAUGCCUGCCAUGGGCUAUAUAUAUGAAGGAAUCGAGAGGGCGAAGGUCGAAGUCAAAGCGUAUUACAAUGGCAUUGAGGAUAAAUAUAUGCCUAUUUGGGACACGAUCGACCGGAGAUGGAACUUGCAGCUUCACACGACGUUACACACAGCAGCAGCGUUCCUUAACCCGUCGAUCUUUUAUAAUCCGAACUUUAAGAUUGAUCUGAGAAUUAGAAACGGAUUUCAGGAAGCUAUGUUGAAGAUGGCGACGACGGAUAAAGAUAAAAUGGAGAUCACUAGAGAACAUCCUGCAUAUGUAAAUGCUCAAGGUGCUCUUGGUACCGACUUCGCUAUCUUGGGGAGAACUAUAAAUACCCCAGGGGAUUGGUGGUCAGGGUACGGUUACGAAAUCCCGACGCUCCAGAGAGCGGCGAUACGAAUACUAAGCCAACCCUGUAGUUCUUAUGGGUGCAGCAGAUGGAACUGGAGCACGUUCGAAACCUUACAUUCGAAGAAGCGUAGUACAACCGAACAGGAAAAGCUGAACGAUUUAGUGUUUGUACAGUGCAAUCUCUGGUUGCAACAUAUUCGUUGGACUCGGGAUGGUAAAUAUAAACCCGUCGUAUUUGAUGAUAUUGAUGUGAGUUUAGAAUGGCCGACCGAGCUAGAAUCAUCGGCUCAUGUUUUAGAUGAUUCGUGGUUGGAUAAUCUGCCUCUUGAAUGUGGAGGCAGCCCUUAAUAUCUUCAAGGCAAUCAGAAACAGAUACAUCAAUAUUCCCUUGAUUGCAUAUCA